AGGAAAAACGCUUUCACAAUUGGCUAGAAAAUGCAAGAGACUGGGCUAUCAGUCGAAGUAGAUUCUGGGGUACUCCUCUUCCUGUAUGGAUUAGUGAGGAUAGAGAGGAGACAGUUGUUAUAGAUUCCAUCGAAAAACUUGAAAAGCUUUCUGGUGCUAAGGUCACUGACUUGCAUCGUCACAAGAUUGAUCAUAUCACAAUUCAAUCAAGUCGUGGCCCUGAAUUUGGUGCCCUUCGACGAGUAGAGGAUGUUUUUGAUUGCUGGUUUGAGAGUGGUUCCAUGCCUUAUGCUUAUAUCCACUAUCCAUUUGAGAAUGUUGAACUCUUCGAGAAAAAUUUCCCUGGGCAUUUUGUGGCAGAGGGGCUGGAUCAAACUCGUGGAUGGUUCUAUACUCUCAUGGUCCUGUCUACUGCACUUUUUGGGAAACCUGCAUUUAGGAAUCUCAUUUGCAAUGGCCUUGUCCUGGCUGAGGAUGGGAAAAAGAUGAGUAAAAGAUUAAAGAACUAUCCGUCACCUACAGAAGUCAUUAAUGAUUAUGGGGCUGAUGCCUUACGAUUAUACAUGAUAAACUCUCCAGUUGUCCGCGCAGAGCCUUUGCGCUUCAAAAAGGAUGGAGUAUAUAGUGUGGUCAAAGAUGUUUUUCUGCCAUGGUACAAUGCAUAUAGGUUCCUUGUUCAGAAUGCAAAAAGACUUGAGGUUGAGGGGCUUGCACCAUUCUUUCCUAUUGAUCAAGCCACUCUUCAGAAAUCUUCUAAUGUGCUUGACCAGUGGAUCAACUCGGCAACUCAGAGUUUGGUUCACUUUGUUCGGCAAGAAAUGGAUGCUUAUCGCCUGUAUACAGUGGUUCCUUAUCUCUUGAAGUUUCUGGACAGCCUAACAAAUAUAUAUGUGCGGUUCAACCGGAAGAGACUGAAGGGCCGUACAGGAGAGGAGGACUGCAGAACAGCCCUUUCAACUCUUUACAAUGUGAUUCUAACUUCAUGCAAAGCAAUGGCUCCAUUUACACCAUUCUUCACUGAGGUUCUUUAUCAAAACAUGCGAAAAGUUUGCAAUGGAUCAGAGGAAAGCAUUCAUUAUUGCAGUUUUCCUGUAGUAGAAGGAAAAAGAGGGGAACGUAUUGAACAAAGUGUCAGUAGGAUGAUGACAAUUAUUGAUCUUGCCCGCAAUAUUCGUGAGCGCCACAACUUACCUCUUAAAACACCACUAGGGGAGAUGGUGGUUGUACAUCCUGAUGAAGAGUUCCUUGAUGACAUUGCUGGAAAACUAAAAGAGUAUGUGCUGGAGGAACUCAAUGUAAAAUCUUUGUUGCCAUGCAAUGAUUCCUUGAAGUAUGCUUCUUUACAUGCAGAACCUGACUUCAGUGUGUUAGGGAAACGACUUGGUAAAUCUAUGGGAGUUGUUGCCAAGGAAGUCAAGGCAAUGUCAACAGAAGAUAUUUUAGCUUUCGAGAAAGUUGGAGAAGUUACUGUUGCUACACACUGUUUGAAGCUAGCUGAUAUUAAGAUUGUACGGGGGUUUAAACGUCCUGAUAAUAUGACAGAAGAGGAAAUGGAUGCAGCAGGAGAUGGUGAUGUUCUGGUGAUAUUGGAUUUGCGUCGUGAUGAGUCAUUGCAUGAGGCUGGGGUUGCUCGUGAGAUUGUUAAUAGAAUCCAGAAGCUACGGAAGAAAGCUGCCCUUGAACCUACUGACACGGUGGAGGUCUACUUCAAAUCAUUGGAUCAGGACAAAUCAAAAUCUCAACAAAUUUUGGAUUCUCAGGAAUUAUACAUCAGGGAAGCACUUGGUUUUUCUUUGCUUCCUUCUACUAUUAUUCCACCUCAUGCUGUGAUCCUUGAGGAGGAGAAUUUCCUUGGCAUUGCUAAUCUAGCAUUUGUUAUUACAUUGGCGAGACCAGCAUUAAUGUUCAACUUGGAUUCCAUUAUUGCACUAUAUGCAGAGAGCACAAAAUUUGCGCAAGGUCUGCAAACUUACCUGUUGUCGAGGGAUUACCCCAAUUUGAAGUCAGAGUUCCACCGUGGAAAUGGGAAGAUUAAGGUUAAUUGCAUUGAAAAUCAGCCUUCAGUGGAUGUGGUGUUGGGACAACAUGUCUUCUUGACGGUUGGAGAUUAUUUUUUGAGCACCAAAGCUCCAUGAUUCAACCUUGAUUCAACCUCAACAGGCUGCAAUAAAAGUUUACUAGAUACACUUCAUUAGUAGAGUUAAAGCAGUAUACUAGUCAUGAACUAGCAAUACUUAAGAUCCUUUUUGGUAACUGCCCUACUUCCAAGAAACCAGGGUUUGGCUUUGAGAAUUGGAAGUCCAACAAAGGAAGAGAGAAAAAAAGGGGAAAAAGAAAUGUUCAUACGUGGUUUGCUACAGUUGUUGAAUCUGCAAUGGAAUGAAGAUUUUCAUACUUCAUUGACAUUGCAGUCCAAUAAAUUGUUGGUAUAGUGAUACAUCGAUAUUGUUUGUAGAGUAUUGCCACACUAAAUAUUUAUGAAUUAUCAGUGGAAGUGUCCCUGAAUUAAGACUUCCCCAGUUGGAAAAGAUACAUGUUAGCUGUUUCUGUUCGGGUAGACAUUUAAGAAAGUUGUGUGUAGAUGGUCUCCUCCCCUUUUAUCUCUUCCUUUCCAAGAAAAAAAAAAAGGGCACGAGGAAGAGAUUUGUGCUGUCGAUAGGUGGUGGAAAGCCUGGAGGUAUUGAAUACCUUUACUCAGCAAAGUUGAUUUUUAUUCUUGGCAUGGUUUGAAGUAGCAAUGCCUAAAAUAAAAUGUUGUUGAGGGAGACAAAUGAUAAGCAUUCCGUGUAUAUCUAUGCAAACCGUUGCUUAAACAGAGCUAAGUAUGGAAAAUGAUACCAGAAGGAUCCAUUGACUUAUGUCGUCAGGUACAAAUUAUUAAAUCGUUCUGGAAGAUGAGCUCUGGAAGUGGCUUGGACAUCGAGGAUAAUGAACCCUGUGGAAGGGUGUGAUGGUAGUGUCUUUCGAAAUGAUCUUAUGGUUUUGUGUGAUACUUGUGAGAUCUUUUUGUAUUGGAGAAGCAAUAUUAUGUUUUUCACUGGAAUUUGGGGGUAUUUUUAUCUGAACAAAUAUGGACUGGAUACGCAAGAUAU